CAACUAAUCUCGAAAUAAACAAAAGAAUAGUAUGAAAAUAAUACAAGACUUGGAUCUGAGCCUAGAGGAGAAGUGAGAGUGAAAGUGAAACCAUGGAGCGAGAGGGGGAGGAGGAGAAGAAGAAAGAGGGAUCGUAUAGGUAUUGGGUGAGAGAAGCCACAUCAGACGCAGCUCCUCCUCCUCUUCCCCAGAAGCUCACUAACAACGACGUCGUCGCUCCCAAUGCUCCUGCUCUCGGCUCCCUCUGGAAUCAGGCUGGCACUUGGGAGGAGAAAAAUCUCACUAAAUGGGCCACUGAUCGAUUAAAGGUUUCUUUUUUUCAGUGUUCUUUUGUUCUUUCUAUGGCAAAAGAAUUAAUCUUUGGUCCUUUGAAAUCGAAUCGUUGCUCGCAGGAGCUGCUGGGAUCAGUGGGUUCUUUGCAGUUUUCUUCUGGAAAAGCUGAGAUUUUUGAUGUUAACAGAUGUGUUGGAGAUGCUUUCUUGGUGACAGUUAGGAACAAGAAAAGAGUUGGCUAUACUUACGAGCUUUCCCUCAAAGUCCAAGGAGAGUGGUCAUUUGAAGAGGAUAUGAAGAAGGUUAAGGGGAGUCUCGACAUUGCUGAGUUCUCAUUUGGCGAGCUUGAUGAUCUUGAGGUGGAUGUGAAGCUUAGCGAUGACAAAGAGCUUUCCCAGCAACUGAAGCAGCGGAUUAGGCUGGAUUUGAAGCAGUUCUUGGAGCCUGUACGCCUGAAACUCGGCCAGUUCGAGCAGGAUCUCAAAGAUCGAUAGUGGUUGGUUGUUCUCAUUGGCUACUUCUUUCCAUUUCAUAACAGCCAUUUUCAGUUAAUGUCGAGAACGUGGCUAGACAUUGUAUUACAUCUUAGCAGUUCUUCUUUUGUAUUCAUGCUACAUCUGUUUACCAACACGUCUCCUUUGAUAGUCAUUUCAGUUUAAUCAAUCAACUUUUAGUAUUUUACCUAA